AGAUUUAGUAUUCCAUUUUUCUGCAAUGGUUAAUCCAUGCAGAAAACAAAUAUUUAAUAGUUACAUAGGCUUCUACUGCUUAGCAAUCAUCCUGCCCCCAAUAUGCAUUUGUUCUCUGUUCUCAGUGCCACCAAAUGAUCAGUCCAAUGAGCACCCUGGGGCUUUCCCAGUAGCCACCAAUGGGGACCCAUUUCCUUGGCAGGAGCUAAGGCUCCCCAGCACGGUCAUUCCCCUCCACUAUGACCUUUAUGUCCACCCAAAUCUCACCUCCCUGGGCUUUGUUGCAUCUGAAGAGAUUGAAGUCUUAGUCAGAGAUGCCACCCAAUUUAUCAUCUUGCACAGCAAAGAUCUUGAAAUCACAAAGGCCACCCUUCAUUCCGAGGAAGAUUUGAGAUACAGGAAACCAGGGAAAAUGCUGAAAGUUUUGAGUUAUCCUGCUCACCAACAAAUUGCACUGCUGGCUCCAGAGAAACUUAUGGCUGACCGGAGAUACUAUGUGGCUAUUGACUUCCAGGCCACGUUAGCUGAUGGCUUUGAAGGGUUUUAUAAAAGCACGUACAGAACUCUUGGUGGUGAAACAAGGUAAGACAUUGCUCCAGCUGUUUACAGUCUCUUGUGAUAUUUUCCUUAUGUNUUGCAACCAGUCUAUUUUGCUAAUUUCAGUGAAAUUCAGAGAGCUAACAUAAAAAUUUCCCUUUCAAAUAAAAUUAAGACAAUUGAACUUGAAGGAGGCCUCUUGGAAGAUCAUUUUGAAACUACUGUGAAAAUGAGUACAUACCUUGUAGCCUACAUAGUUUGUGAUUUCAAGUCUGUGAGUGGGACAACCUCAUCAGGGGUCAAGGUGUCCAUCUAUGCAUCCCCAGACAAAUGGAGUCAAACGCAUUAUGCUUUGGAAGCAUCGAUGAAGCUACUUACUUUUUAUGAAAAUUACUUUGAUAUCAAGUAUCCACUACCAAAAUUGGAUCUCGUUGCCAUUCCUGACUUUGGAUCUGGAGCCAUGGAAAACUGGGGCCUCAUCACAUAUCGAGAGACAUCACUGCUCUUUGAUCCCAGGACAUCUUCCGCUUCUGAUAAGUUGUGGGUCACCAGAGUUAUAGCCCAUGAACUAGCACACCAGUGGUUUGGGAACCUGGUUACAAUGGAAUGGUGGAAUGAUAUUUGGCUCAAUGAAGGUUUUGCAACAUACAUGGAAAUUAUCUCUGUUAGUGCUACAUAUCCAGAGCUACAAAUUGAUAACUAUUUUUUGGACGUGUGUUUUGAAGUAAUUAAAAGAGAUUCAUUAAAUUCAUCCCAUCCUAUCUCCAAUCAAGCAAAAACUGUUACUCAAAUACAUGAAAUGUUUGAUGCAGUUUCCUAUAACAAGGGAGCUUGUGUUUUGAAUAUGCUCAAGGAUUUCCUGAGUGAGGAGAAAUUUCAUAAAGGAAUUAUUCACUACUUAAAGAAGUUCAGCUUUAGGAAUGCUAAGAAUGACGAUUUAUGGAGCAGUCUGUCAAAUAAUUGUGUAGAAGGUGAUUUUACAUCUGGUGGAUUUUGUUAUUCCGAUUCCAAGAUGACAAGCAACACAGAUAUCCUAGUAUUGGCCUAUAAAAUGUAUAAGACCACGGAUAGUGUAAAGGAUGGGUACCUUUGGCACAUCCCACUGACCUACACCACAAGUUCCUCUAAUGUGAUUCACAGAUACAUUCUAAAAUCAAAAACAGAUACUCUGGAUUUACCUGAAAAUACGGGUUGGGUGAAAUUCAAUGUGGACUCAACUGGCUACUACAUCGUUCACUAUGAGGGGCGUGGAUGGGACCAACUAAUUACACAGUUGAAUCAGAACCACACACUUCUCAGACCUAAGGACAGAGUCGGUCUAAUUCAUGAUGCUUUUCAGCUAGUAAGUGCAGGAAGGCUGAAGCUAGACAAAGCCCUCGACCUGACUCACUAUCUCCAACAUGAAACAAGCGUCCUUGCUCUUCUCAAAGGUCUGGAAUACUUAGAAUUGUUUUAUCACAGGAUGGACAGAAGGAAUAUUUCAGAUGUCACUGAAAACCUCAAGCAAUACCUUCUCCGGUAUUUUAAGCCGGUGAUUGACGCGCAAAGCUGGAGUGAGGAGGGCUCCGUUUGGGACAGGAUGCUCCGUUCUACCCUCUUAAAGCUGGCCUGUCACCUGAACCAUGCUCCUUGCAUCCGGAAGGCAACUGAACUCUUCUCGCAGUGGAUGGAAUCCAAUGGAAAAUUAAAUAUCCCAACAGAUGUUUUAAAGAUUGUGUAUUCCGUGGGUGCUCAGACAACGGCAGGAUGGAAUUCCCUUUUAAAGCACUAUGAAUUGUCAGUGUCAGGUGCUGAAAAAAACAAAAUUCUCUAUGCAUUGUCAACCAACAAACAUCAGGAAAAGUUAAUGAAAUUAAUUGAACUAGGAAUGGAAGGAAAGGUUAUCAAGACACAAGAUUUGGCAUCUCUUCUUCGUGCGAUUGCCAGGAAUCCAACGGGGCAGCAAUUAGCCUGGAAUUUUGUAAGAGGAAAUUGGACCCACCUCCUAAAAAAAUUUGAUUUGAGCUCAUUUGACAUUAGACUCAUCAUCUCUGGAACAACAUCUCACUUUUCUUCCGAGGAUGAGUUGCAAGAGGUGCAACUGUUCUUUGAACCUCUUAAGGCCCAAGGAUCACAUCUGGAUGUUUUUCAAAUUGUUCUGGAAACCAUAUCCAAAAAUAUUAAGUGGCUGGAGAACAAUCUUCCUACUCUGAGGACUUGGCUACUGGUUAAGAUUUAAAUGGUCAAAAGAAAGAGUAUACCAGCUGCGGGUCACGUUUGCAUGAAAUUGGCAAAGCUUAAGCCAGAGUUACAGAUAUUUUGUCUAACCAGGAAGAAGCCUCAACGAGUCAUUCAGUGCAGUUUCCUACUGUAAGCUAUGGUCUCUAGCUGACUGAUGUAUGAUUCUGGGUGUAGGAAUAGGCCAAUUUGAUAGCCUAUUUAAAAGUAAACUUUCUGAAUAAUGGAGAUAUGUGGAGAUACAGAUAUAGACAUAUAGAUAUAGCUGUAAUAAUUUAGCCACAACACAGAUGAGCUACAUUGCCUCGCGUUUUUAUGCCACUCUUUUGCAACUUGGCUGCUUUUUAAUCUUGCUGAGCAUCCUGGCGCUUGCCUAGCCAGUUUUACUUCCAAGGAGACAUAAGCAAUCCAUUAAAAAAAAUCUUUCAUUUGCAUCCUGCCAUCUUCCUGCUCUCUCCCCUCCUUCAGCUCAGCCUGAAUAAGCUUGUUUAAUUCUUACCAUUCAUGGAAAAUCCGAAUCAAAUGUGAAGCAUAAGAAUCAGGACUACAGAGACUUGAUCACCAAACCUCAGAUUAUUAAGAACUGUGUGUCUGGGUUUACCGAAGGCCUCUUGGUUGGAUGCACACCUUCAUGAAGAACCUCAAGGAGAGCCUUUCUAAGUCAUCGCCAAAUGAAGAAAAGUCUGCAGUCGCAAAGGCACAGGAGAGAAAGCCGAUGACACAUCACUUAAAUCCAGACACUUGCACUUUUAGUAAAUCUUUUGUAAGUUGCAGAAUUAGAUUAUAUUGUGUAUAUUUUGGGCUAAGUCAUGGUUUAAUGUAAAUAGUUAAAUAUGUCAUCAUAGACUGUAAUCCAGUUUUAGCAUAUCUUCAUGUUUUAAGGGAACCUCUUGAUCUCUGAAAUGCUUUUUUAGAUGUUUCUCUUAAUUGUUUGAAUAAGGCACUUGGAAUAAAGAAAACAGCCCUCUAGAUACAGGUAGUAAAUUUAAUAAAUUCAUGUUCCUACAUAUGAAUCAGCAUGAAAGUAUAGAUCAGUUCUAGAAAGAUUUGAAUCAAUGCACAAAUGACUAAUGUAUCUGGGUUAUUAAGGGAAGCUGGGGAUGUUGGGGCAGGGUUGGCAUGGAAGUGUUAUACAAUUGCUUCUGGAGUGAUAGCAUAAAGGCCUACAGGCCUUUUUCAGUCAGAGACAGAAUACAGCUUGGAUGAACCAUGAGCAUGACCCAAAGCAUGUUUUGUUAAGUUUGUUUUCAAAUCAUUUCUUGGAAUCUUUGAAGCAUCUUUGACUCCAGAUUUGACCUGAUCAAAAUCCUGCCAAGGUCUAUAUAACACCUUAGUGAUAGCUCUCUAUAAUAAUUAUACAUACUUUAGCAAAAAGAAACUGAAAGAGUAAAGAAUACUGUUUUUUUCCACCAAAAUAAUAUGUAAAUUAAGCAGUAAAAUGUGUAUGAGCUUUGGUAGAACUAUGCCAUCCAUAUCUCCAUAAAUAAGCAAAGUUCUUUCUUUUGUUCAGUAACUUGCCUACCAUAAAUUUCCAAGUUUUUAAUGGUCUUCUCUUUAGCUCCUUACUUAAAUACAUUUAUAAUUUCUCAGAUUCUUAAAAAUAGAGUACAGAAAGGAGCAAAUUUAUUAUUUCAUGAGCAUGAACAUGAGAAUGAAUGUAUCAAUAAUGUUUUAACAAAGUAUUUUAAAAAGAAAUGUGGGCUGGCUGAGUGGCACGUUGAUUAGGGGUUGGCUUGGGAUGCCAGCUCU